AUGGUAGUUCCGGACAGCGCCGGUGAGGUCCAACCGGCAAGCAAUGACGGUACCGGGAGUCUCAUGACGACGUCCCAGCCGAGCUACGAGGAGGAGCAGGAGCUUGCAGGGGAGGAGCUGGAGGAGGUACGUAAGCUCCAGGAGCUCAUUCGAAGACUUGAGGUCCAGAAUCAAACACUCCGCAACAGGGGAGGCAGUAAGAAUCUACAUCUCGGAGGAGCGACCACCACAAACAACAGUAACCUCACAACUGGUACCAACAUCAAUGAGAGAAUCUCUUCCAGCCAAGGGGUGACCAACACCAACUCCCCUCUCAAGUUGGGGAGCAGUGGAAGUUGUGGAAGGGAUCUAGGCAGUAGCAGUGACUUGGAGCUGUCCCCUCCUCAGGACCGUAGUAGCAGUGAGGAUAUGUCCCCGCUCCCUGUAAAUAACCGGAUAGAGGAAGAGGAGGAUGGUGGACUGUGUGCAGGCUUUCUGAACCUGCCUUGCGGGAAUGGACCAGGACCGGCGCAGACCCAGGGGCUAAGCCCAACCCCAGAGAGUCCCUCUCUGGACAGCUAUGAGUCUGAGACCCUGGCGGAGAGCGACUCGGGGGUGGACCAGUUGGCUCUGGAUGAGGUGGAUGUUCUGGACCUAGAGGAGGACCUUGCAGAGGUGGAUGGUGAGGACAGCUGGUAGGUACCAUGGGGAUAGGAGAGGGAGAGGACCGCUGGUAGGUACCAUGGGGAUAGGAGAGGGAGAGGACAGCUGGUAGUUACCAUGGGGAUAGGAGAGGGAGAGGACAGCUGGUAGGUACCAUGGGGAUAGGAGAGGGAGAGGACAGCUGGUAGGUACCAUGGGGAUAGGAGAGGGAGAGGACAGCUGGUAGGUACCAUGGGGAUAGGAGAGGGAGAGGACAGCUGGUAGGUACAUUUACAUUUUAGUCAUUUAGCAGACGCUCUUAUCCAGAGCGACUUACAGUUAGUGCAUACAUUAUUUUAUCGAACCCACAACCCUGGCGUUGCAAACGCCAUGCUCUACCAACUGAGCUACAUCCCCUGCCGGCCAAAUCCCUCCCCUACCCUGGACGACGCUGGGCCAAUUGUGCGCGCCGCCCCAUGGGUCUCCCGGUCCCAUGGGGAUAGGAGAGGGAGAGGACAGCUGGUAGGUACCAUGGGGAUAGGAGAGGGAGAGGACAGCUGGUAGGUACCAUGGGGAUAGGAGAGGGAGAAAGUAAGCAUCUAAAAUUGCACCCUCUUUCCUAUAUAGCUAAAGCAGUACUUUUGACUGGGGACUGCAUAGGGCUCUGGUCUAAAGUAGUGCACAAUAUAGGGAAUAGAGUGCUAUUUCAGAUUCAGCCAAAUGUCCUCUGUUUGGAAGGUCCCGUAACUUGAAUUGCUAUGCUCUGAUCAUAAAGGGUCUUAGUCAGCCUUAGACGCGUGCACAUGUCAGUAUUUUACUCUAAGGUCCCUUCCUUUCUUCAUCUGCUGCUGUAUCUGCAGAUUCUGCUGUCUGUCAUGAAACAACUGUUCAGAUUAAACUUAUUCCCAGUAGACACUAGACAUGCAUUCUGAUCACUGCAGAUGGAGAGGAACACACGUCGACUAAUAUUCACUAGUCUGCACCCCACAUGUUGGAGUGGAGACAUCUGUUUACCAUUGUCUCCAGGGGUCAGCGUGAUGUACUACUGUGUGACGCCUUCUGUGGCUUUGUGUUUGUGUUCACACUCAGGAUGAUGAAAGGUCCUAUAGCCAGAUGAGUCAUUAUGGUUCUGUUCUGUUCAACCUUUCACUCCAAAAGUAGAGGGACUAUGACUGCAACCUUUAGUCAUACAAAAAUGUGAAUUUGACCUGGGCUGUGUCCCAAAUGGCACCCUAUUCCCUGUAUAGUGCCUUAUGGGCCUUAGUGCACUAUGUAGGGAAUAAGGCACUAUUUGGGACACUGCCCUAGGUUGGAGGUGGGUCUCUGCUGUGGCAGUUGGCCUGGUUUCCGUGAUACGCAAAAACCAGAGGAAAAAAAUGCAGAUUUGAUGCAGCUGGGCUAGUAGGCUACAGCAGCCUUUAGAUGGAAAUAUCUGAGCGCUGCAUCUGCCUUGGAAAUGCUAGGCUUUGUGGGCUUUACUAAAUAGGCUCUGACUAGCAGUGCCUCUGAUCACUAUGAAUCUAUGUGACUGGGAGAGAGAGAAAAGAGGGGGUAGUGUGAAGAGAGGAUGGGUGGUGACUGAGAGGGAGACCGACAUGGACAGAGAAAGAGAGCCUUGCUCUAGAGGCAGAGGGGCACAGAGGGAGAGAGGCCACUUGUCGCUAGGCGAGUGGCAGCCAGCCAACGUGAUUUACUCUGGGCAUUGUGUGUGCUCAGCAGCAGUGGCGCUGUCCUCGUCUGACAUGAAUACCCAGAGAGGGAGGAGGAGGCUUGAGCUCAGAGCCAGAACUAGCGCAGCACCGCUGGGCCUCUCAACGGCCGAGGAGACAUGGGUCCUAUUCACUAGGCACCAAACCGAAUAAAAUGGACUGAAACUUGUCCAAUAAGAAGGGCACGUGUUAGUUUUCCAUUUUUAAAGCAUUUUCCUACGGUGGGCCCUAAUAAAUACAGUCAAAAGUUUGGACACACCUACUCAUUCAAGGGUUUUUCUUUAUUUGGACUAUUUUCUGCAUUGUAGAAUAAUAGUGAAGACAUCAAAACUAUGAAAUAACACAUAUGGAAUCAUGUAGUAACCAAAACAGUGUUAAGCAAAUCAAAAAAUAUUUUAUAUUUGAGAUUCUUCAAAGUAGCCACCCUUUGCCUUGAUGACAUUUUUUUGCACAUUCUUGGCAUUCUCUCAACCAGCUUCACCUGGAAUGCUUUUCCAACAGUCUUGAAGGAGUUCCCACAUAUGCUGAGCACUUGCUGGCUGCUUUUCCUUCACUCUGCGGUCCAACUCAUCCCAAACCAUCUCAAUUUGGUUGAGGUCGGGGGAUUGUGGAGGCCAGGUCAUCUGAUGCAGCACUCCAUCACUCUCCUCCUUGGUCAAAUAGCCCUUACACAGCCUGGAGGUGUGUUGGGUCAAUGUCCUGUUGAAAAACAAAUGAUAGUCCAACUAAGCGCAAACCAGAUGGGAUGGUGUAUCGCUGCAGAAUGCUGUGGGAGCCAUGCUGGUUAAGUGUGCCUUGAAUUCUAAAUAAAUCACAGACGGUGUCACCAGCAAAGCACCCCCACACCAUCACACCAUCUCCUCCAUGCUUCACGGUGGGAACCACACAUGCGGAGAUCAUCUGUUCACCUACUCUGCUUCUCACAAAGACACAGUGGUUGGAACCAAAAAUCUCAAAUUUGGACUCAUCAGACCAAAGGACAGAUUUCAACUGGUCUAAUGUCCGUUUCUUGGCCCAAGCAAGUCUCUUCUUAUUAUUGGUGUCCUUUAGUAGUGGUUUCUUUGCAGCAAUUCGACCAUGAAGGCCUGAUUCACGCAGCCACAGUUGAUGUUGAGAUGUGUCUGUUACUUGAACUCUGAAGCAUUUAUUUGGGCUGCAAUUUCUGAGGCUGGUAACUCUAAUUAACUUAUCCUCUGCAGCAGAGGUAACUCUGGAUCUUCCAUUCCUGUGGCGGUCCUCAUGAGAGCCAGUUUCAUCACAGCGCUUGAUAGUUUUUGCGACUGCACUUGAAGAAACUUUCAAAGUUCUUGACAUUUUCUGGAUUGACUGACCUUCAUGUGUUAAAGUAAUGAUGGACUGUCGUUUCUCUUUGCUUAUUUGAGCUGUUCUUGCCAUAAUAUGGACAUGGUCUUUUACCAAAUAGGGCUAUCUUCUGUAUACCACCCCUACCUUGUCACAACACAACUGGCUCAAAAGCAUUAACUUUCAACAAGGCACACCUGUUAAUUUAAAUGCAUUCCAGGUGACUACCUCAUGAAGCUGGUUGAGAGAAUGCCAAGAGUGUGCAAACCUGUCAUCAAGGUAAAGGGUGGCUACUUUGAAGGAUCUCAAAUAAAAAAUAUAUUUUGAUUUGUUACUACAUGAUUCCAUAUGUGUUAUUUCAUAGUUUUGAUGUCUUCACUAUUAUUAUACAAUGUAAAAAAUAAUGAAAGACCCUGGAAUGAGUAGGUGUUCUAGAACUUUUCACUGGUAGUUUGUAUAUAUACACACACAGUGACUUGUUAUGUGCCCCUGUUAAACUGUGACAAACCAAGGCUGCAGCAUUUUCCACAGCCAGAGAAGUGGAAACAAUGUGUUGUUGUCCUCUGUUUAUGCCACAUGUAGAGGUUCAGUCACUACUCAGGGCUUCUACUACUGCUGGCAAAGUCAGUAUUUGCAUCAUUCAAAUGAUCAUUUCACUCUUCAAAUGAAUGUCGACCCUGUACUGCUGUUACUGUCUAGUCGGGGUUCUUCUGUUGUGGAGGAGGAGGAGCCUGGCUUGUUUACCAGAAUUGAAUUAACAGGAUUGGAUUACCUCCAAAGGUUUGUAAUGGCAGACUGCUAAUUCCAAAAUAAUCCGUCUUCAUUUAAUUGUCUGUACGCCACAAGGUUCAUCUAGGCAUGUGGCUUGUGUGUGUUUGCCAAGUUCAGGGUGUUUAAAAAAAAAAAACAUUAUGCGUUUGUUUUCCUGUCCCAUUUUGUACAGUAUUGUCCGACACAAACAGGUACCGUAUUGUAUUCCUGGUAGCUACUUUAGCAGCUGAUCUGUGGAUUAACAGUCCAAAGCAGCUAGGCCUUGUUCUCAGUUUCACAUCAUUAGCCAGUCCAUAUGUGGCCCAGGAGGUUAUCACUACCACAACAUUACAUGAAUAAUCCGCCCAGGCGUGGACCCCUAAGCUGCUUUGGGCUGGAGGCUAGGGCUCAGGGUUGAGUCCCAAAUGCCACCCUAUUCCCUUUUAUAGUGCAUUACUUUUGACCAGAGUCCUGUGGGUGUAGUGGACUAUAUAGGGAAUGGGGUGCCAUUUGGGCUGGAGGCUGGAUGGAUGCUGCCGGGGCCUAAACUGCUUUGGGGGGACAUAGGCUGCAUGUGAUCCAUCAUGGACCUUCUGGUACUUAAAACAUUUACUGGGAGGUAUGGAGAAAUCUAGUAAUCUGUGGGGGUUGAAGCUAGAAGUAACCCCGCUGUGCAAGGAACAAACCAAGAAACGGCACACAAGCUAAGGUGAACAAAAGUGUCCAAUGUCCAUGCAUGAGAGCUUUAUUUUGUGCCCAGAUGAUGGUGUGCCUACUGGUAUUUCUAUCUAUCUCUAUGUAAAAACCCCAAAUGGUCCAUUUUAACAAAUGAUCUGCCCUAUGAGCCUCUUCAACUGUAGCUCUGAGUAUCAAAUGAUCUGACCGUUAAACUAGCCUAGCUAACUAGGCCUACUCUUUAGCAUCGGCCACUGCCGGUCAGCUCGCCAAUUGCUAGAAAGAAACUGUUCUGGGAUCAAGUUCUCUGACUUUAGAGCCCUGACUGACUACUCUACCAUCUGUCGUGUGUGUGAGAGAGAGACCUGGAUAACUGAUGUCUGUAUUGUUGCUGGUCCCAGUGGGAUAGAGAGCUUGUCUUUUGUGUUUGUCUAAUGGGAAGAUGAGCCCAAGUUGAUUACUCAAAAACCAGUUAGCACUGCCAGGCCUCUUUGUGUGUGUGUGUGUGUUUCGCUGCUCAAAGAAAUUCCCCUAUGUGACCCGAAUCAAACGUCCUAACGAACCUGGCAGUUUGCUCUGCACUUUUUUUCAAGGAGAGGGACUAAAACACCCACCGCCAUUGCUUGUCCAUAUAUGUAUAUAUUCUUAAUUCCAUUCCUGCCUUAGAUUUGUGUGUAUUGGGUAUAUGUUUUGAAAUGGUUAGAUAUUACUUGUUAGAUAUUACUGCACUGUCGGAGCUAGAAGCACAAGCAUUUCGCUACACCCACAAUAACAUCUGCUAAACACAUGUACAGUGGGGAGAACAAGUAUUUGAUACACUGCCGAUUUUGCAGGUUUUCCUACUUACAAAACAUGUAGAGGUCUGUAAUUUCUAUCAUAGGUACCCUUCAACUGUGAGAGACGGAAUCUAAAACAAAAAUCCAGAAAAUCACAUUGUAUGAUUUUUAAGUAAUUAAUUUGCAUUUUAUUGCAUGACAUAAGUAUUUGAUACAUCAGAAAAGCAGAACUUAAUAUUUGGUACAGAAACCUUUGUUUGCAAUUACAGAGAUCAUACGUUUCCUGUAGGUCUUGACCAGGUUUGCACACACUGCAGCAGGGAUUUUGUCCCACUCCUCCAUACAGACCUUCUCCAGAUCCUUCAGGUUUCGGGGCUGUCGCUGGGCAAUACGGACUUUCAGCUCACUCCAAAGAUUUUCUAUUGGGUUCAGGUCUGGAGACUGGCUAGGCCACUCCAGGACCUUGAGAUGCUUCUUACGGAGCCACUCCUUAGUUGCCCUGGCUGUGUGUUUCGGGUCGUUGUCAUGCUGGAAGACCCAGCCACGACCCAUCUUCAAUGCUCUUACUGAGGGAAGAAGGUUGUUGGCCAAAAUCUCGCGAUACAUGGCCCCAUCCAUCCUCCCCUCAAUACGGUGCAGUCGUCCUGUCCCCUUUGCAGAAAAGCAUCCCCAAAGAAUGAUGUUUCCACCUUCAUGCUUCACGGUUGGGAUGGUGUUCUUGGGGUUGUACUCAUCCUUCUUCUUCCUCCAAACACGGCGAGUGGAGUUUAGACCAAAAAGCUCUAUUUUUGUCUCAUCAGACCACAUGACCUUCUCCCAUUCCUCCUCUGGAUCAUCCAGAUGGUCAUUGGCAAACUUCAGACGGGCCUGGACAUGCGCUGGCUUGAGCAGGGGGACCUUGCGUGCGCUGCAGGAUUUUAAUCCAUGACGGCGUAGUGUGUUACUAAUGGUUUUCUUUGAGACUGUGGUCCCAGCUCUCUUCAGGUCAUUGACCAGGUCCUGCCGUGUAGUUCUGGGCUGAUCCCUCACCUUCCUCAUGAUCAUUGAUGCCCCACGAGGUAAGAUCUUGCAUGGAGCCCCAGACCAAGGUUGAUUGACCGUCAUCUUGAACUUCUUCCAUUUUCUAAUAAUUGCGCCAACAGUUGUUGCCUUCUCACCAAGCUGCUUGCCUAUUGUCCUGUAGCCCAUCCCAGCCUUGUGCAGGUCUACAAUUUUAUCCCUGAUGUCCUUACACAGCUCUCUGGUCUUGGCCAUUGUGGAGAGGUUGGAGUCUGAGUGUGUGGACAGGUGUCUUUUUAUACAGGUAACGAGUUCAAACAGGUGCAGUUAAUACAAGUAAUGAGUGGAGAACAGGAGGGCUUCUUAAAGAAAAACUAACAGGUCUGUGAGAGCCGGAAUUCUUACUGGUUGGUAGGUGAUCAAAUACUUAUGUCAUGCAAUAAAAUGCAAAUUAAUUACUAAAAAAUCAUACAAUGUGAUUUUCUGGAUUUUUGUUUUAGAUUCCGUCUCUCACAGUUGAAGUGUACCUAUGAUAAAAAAUUACAGACCUCUACAUGCUUUGUAAGUAGGAAAACCUGCAAAAUCGGCAGUGUAUCAAAUACUUGUUCUCCCCACUGUAUGUGACAAAUACAAUUUGAUUUGAUGUACUCUAGAAACGGUCAAAGCAAUACAAAAAGAAUGCAGGACUAUCAGGCCGAUCACGGAUGUUCAGGACUAUCAGGCCGAUCACGGAUGUUCAAGUCACACGUAUUGAUAUCAGUUGAGAUCAUCACCUUGUCAAGAGGUGGUUGUGUAGUCGACUAGGCACGUUGUCUACAGUGGGCACACCUACAGCAUGUAGUGCCUAUUUCAGACAACUCAUGCAGUAGAAGCUAAUGCACAGUGAUGGCUGGGAGAGGACAGUACAGUUGUGGUCAAAAGUUUUGAGAAUGACACAAGUAUUAGUCUUCACAAAGUUCGCUGCUUCAGUGUUAUGAGAUAUUUUUGUCAGAUGUUACUAUGGAAUACUGAAGUAUAAUUACAAGCAUUCCAUAAGUGUCAAAGGCUUUUAUUGACAAUUACAUUGAGUUUAUGCAAAGAGUCAAUAUUUGCAGUGUUGACCCUUCUUUUUCAAGACCUCUGUAUUCCGCCCUGGCAUGCUGUCAAUUAACUUUUGGGCCACAUCCUGACGGAUGGCAGCCCAUUCUUGCAUAAUCAAUGCUUGGAGUUUGUCAGAAUUUGUGGGUUUUUGUUUGUCCACCUGCCUCUUGAGGAUCGACCACAAGUUCUCAAUGGGAUUAAGGUCUGGGGAGUUUCCUGGCCAUGGACCCAAAAUGUCAAUAUUUUGUUCCCCGAGCCACUUAGUUAUCACUUUUGCCUUAUGGCAAGAUGCUCCAUCAUGCUGGAAAAGGCAUUGGUCAUCACCAAACUGUUCUUGGAUGGUUGGGAGAAGUUGCUCUCGGAGGAUGUGUUGGUUCCAUUCUUUAUUCAUGACUGUGUUCUUAGGCAAAAUUGUGAGUGAGCCCACUCCCUUGGCUGAGAAGCAACCCCACACAUGAAUGGUCUCAGGAUGCUUUACCGUUGGCAUGACACAGGACUGAUGGUAGUGCUCACCUUGUCUUCUCUGGACAAGGUGUUUUCCGGAUGCCCCAAACAAUCGGAAAGGGGAUUCAUCAGAGAAAAUGACUUUACCCCAGUCCUCAGCAGUCCAAUCCCUAUACCUUUUGCAGAAUAUCAGUCUGUCCCUGAUGUUUUUCCUGGAGAGAAGUGGCUUCUUUGCUGCCCUUCUUGUCACCAGGCCAUCCUCCAAAAGUCUUCGCCUUACUGUGCGUGCAGAUGCACUCACAUCUGCCUGCUGCCAUUCCUGAUCCCGCAGCUGAAUCAACUUUAGGAGAUGGUCUUGGCGCUGCUGGACUUUCUUGGGCGCCCUGACGCCUUCUUCACAGCAAUUGAACCUCUCUCCUUGAAGUUCUUGAUAAUACGAUAAAUGGUUGAUUUAGGUGCAAUAUCCUUGCCUGUGAAGCCCUUUUUGUGCAAAGCAAUGAUGACAGCGUGUGUUUCCUUGCAGGUAACCAUGGUUAACAGAGGAAGAACAAUGAUUUCAAGCACCACCCUCUUUUUAAAGCUUCCAGUCUGUUAUUCUAACUCAAUCAGCAUGACAGAGUGAUCUCCAGCUUUGUCCCCGUCAACACUCACCUGUGUUAACGAGAGAAUCACUGACAUGAUUGCAGCUGGUCCUUUUGUGGCAGGGCUGAAAUGCAGUGGAAAUGUUUUUUGGGGAUUAAGUAAAUUUUCAUGGCAAAGAGGGACUUUGCAAUUCAUCUGAUCACUCUUCAUGACAUUCUGGAGUAUAUGCAAAUUGCCAUCAUCAAAACUGAGGCAGCAGACUUUGUGAAAAUUAGUAUUUGUGUCAUUCUGAACUUUUGACCACGACUGUACAGUAGAGCCCUCAUUAGGAGAUGGGGCCAUGAUACUGCUACUGUAGAGGGAAGAGGCCACUGCCAGGGAUGGGUGAGCGCACACACAGCACUGCUACUGCUGUGGACUGUGGUUAUUGCCUGGGAAUAUGGGAUAGGCUAGAAUGGGCAGACCUAAAUGGGUUGAGAUGAGCUGUGUGUGGAGUGGUGACCGUCUAGGAUUGGAUAAUUGGAUGGUUUAGCCUAUGGCUAUGCCUUAUGUGUGUUGUGUUGGAACAAGUGGAGUCUAUCUUCUAUGGCUAGCCUAUUUCUAGUAGUAGGUGAUUAGUGUGGUUGUGUUCCACCAUGCAUUAGACCAGAAGACUAGAAGACAUGCCUCCUGCAGACAUUCCCACGUAGAAGACAUGCCUCCUGCAGACAUUCCCACGUAGAAGACAUGCCUCCUGCAGACAUUCCCACGUAGAAGACAUGCCUCCUGCAGACAUUCCCACGUAAUAAAAGUUAUUAAAUGCAAAACUCGCAGGCCAGAGAACCAUUAAUGCUGUGUUCUUAUCCCCAUGAACAGGCUUUAAGGCUUUGCAAAAUGUAAAUCACCUCUCUCUUGCUCUCCCUCUCCCUCUUUCCAUCCACCACCUCCUUUCUCAUACUCCUCUUCCUUUCAUCGCUGCGCGCCUCUUUUAUCCACCACAUCUCUCUGCUUUCUCUCCCUGCCUCGUCUCUUCCCUCUCCCCCUCUCCCUGCCUCGUCUCUUCCCUCUCUCCCUGCCCCAUCUCUUCCCUCUCCCUGCCCCGUCUCUUCUCCCUGCCUCGUCUCUUCCCUCUCCCUGCAUUGUCUCUUCCCUCUCCCCCUCUCUCUGCCUCGUCUCUUCCCUCUCCCCCUCUCUCUGCCUCAUCUCUUCCCUCUCCCCCUCUCUCUGCCUCGUCUCUUCCCUCUCCCCCUCUCUCUGCCUCGUCUCUUCCCUCUCCCCCUCUCUCUGCCUCGUCUCUUCCCUCUCUCUGCCUCGUCUCUUCCCUCUCUCUGCCUCGUCUCUCUCCCUGCCUCGUCCCUCUCUCUCUGCCUCGUCUCUUCCCUCUCUCUGCCUCGUCUCUCUGCCUCGUCUCUUCCCUCUCUCUGCCUCGUCUCUUCCCUCUCCCUGCCUCGUCUCCCUGCCUCGUCCCUUCCCUCUCUCCCUGCCUCGUCUCUCUGCAGGUUGUAUGUCUCCCCUAAGAAGCAGGUAGUUGCUGAGCCCAGACCUGAGUCUCCUCUGAAGUGGUGUCGGAAGGUUCUGGACCACCCCAGCCCAGAGACAGAGGUGGCCUGUCGUACCCUGCUCAACCGUCUCGACCAGGGUACGCACCUACCUAGUAACCUUUUAUAAUGACCAUAUAACAACUCUAAAGUAACUAUACUAUAGUAACCACAUAGUCACCUUUAUAAUGACCUUAUACUAACCAUGUAAUAACAUGUACAAUAACCUUAUAGUAAUCCUAGAAUAAUAACCAUAUACACUUACAUUUUAGUCAUUUAGCAGACACUCCUAUCCAGAGCGACUUACAGGAGCAAUUCGGGUUAAGUGCCUUGCUCAAGGGCACAUCGACAGAUUUUUCACCUAGUCGGCUCGGGGAUUAGCACCAGCGACCUUUCGGUUACUGGCACAACGCUCUUAACCACUAAGCUACCUGCCGCCCAUAUACAACCUUUUGAUAACCAUAAUAACCAUACAAUAACAUUAUAACAACCCUGUAGGAACCCUUCUACAAUAACCUUGCUUCCUGCCAGUUCUCAGUAACCCUAUACCAACAACCUAAUAACAACGCAACAGUACCAGCACAAAGCAACGCUCCUGUCCGACACACAAUAACCUCAUCACGAGCAAUAAACUCAUUUUUAAAAAAUAUGAGUUUGCCACUGUCCACCAGUGAAUGCAGUCAUAACACAUUACCUGAGGCAAUAACCAGUACGGCCUCCUAUUCAAUAACGUAACGUUAUGACUAUAACUGUUGUUCCCUGAAGGAGGGAAAUGAGGUACGUCAUACUAUAGGGAGUCUCACUCUAGCGCCUUCAGUUGAGAUGAUCUACAAUCACGCCUGACAUGGCCAAUGAAAUCUGUGCCUCGCUGGAAGCCCCGUGUUCCACAGGUGAUAAGCGUGAGGCUUGGAUUCAUUCCUUCAAUUUAAUAGCGCUCUUCACCGAGCCCAGGAACAGGCGGUGCGGGGCCAAACCGGUGUUGUACCUCGUUUCCCUCCUUCAGGGUACAGUAGUUAUAGUCAUAACGUUACAUUCCCUUUGUCAGUCAACUUCGAUACAACAUACUAUGGGGAAAAUAUAAAUAUAAUAUAAAAAAUAUAAUCACACCCCAAACCUCACAAAAGUGUGUGGUGAUGGCCAACUCCCCGCAGCACAAAUAUCUCCUAUAGUCAAUCUACUCAGCAAAUUGGAUAUAGUCUAUCACAGUGCCAUCCGUUUUGUCUCCAAAGCCCCAUAUACUACCCACCACUAUACUACACUCUUGUUGGCUGGUCCUCACUACAUAUUCGUCGCCAAACCCACUGGCUCCAGGCCAUCUAUAAAUCACUGCUAGGCAAAUCCCCGCCUUAUCUUAGCUCAUUGGUCACCAUAGCAACACCCACCUGUAGUCUGCGCUCCAGCAGGUAUAUCUCACUCGUCAUCCCCAAAGCCAACACCUCCUUUGGCCGCAAUUCCUUCCAGUUCUCUGCUGCCAAUGAUUGGAACAAAUUGCAAAAAUCUCUGAAGCUGGAGACACUUAUCUCCCUCACUAACUUUAAGCAUCAGUUGUCAGAGCACCUUACCGAUCACUGCACCUGUACACAGCCCAUCUGAAAUUAGCCCGCCCAACUACCUCAUCCCUAUAUUGUUAUUUAUUUUGCUCAUUUGUACCCCAGUAUCUCUAUUUGCACAUCAUCUCUUGCACAUCUAUCAUUCCAGUGUUAAUACUAAUUGUAAUUAUUUUGCACUAUAGCCUAUUUAUUGCCUUACCUCCAUAACUUGCUACAUUUGCACACACUGUAUAUAUAUGUAUUUCUGUUGUAUUUUUGAUUUUGUUUUGUUUUACCCCAUAUGUAACUCUGUGUUGUUGUUUUUAUCGCACUGCUUUGCUUUAUCUUGGCCAGGUCGCAGUUGUAAAUGAGAACUUGUUCUCAACUGGUUUACCUGGUUAAAUAAAGGUGAAAUAAAAAUAAAAAAUCCUUUAAACAACGCCCAAGACGCUGCCAGACCCCUGGUGGAGUGGGCACAUACACCGCUAGGUAACCCUUGACCCUUGCCGCUAUAUGCCUGGGAGAUACAAUCCAGUGGGAGAGUCGCUGCUUAGAGAGCGCACUGCCGCGAGCUGGAUUAGCAAAACAGACAAAAAGCUGGUCACAUAACUGGAUAUUCUGGGUCCAUUCAAUGUACAUGUGUAAAGCUCGCACUGGACACAGGGCAUUCAACCUCUGUUGCUCUUCAGAAGCAAAAGCAGGAGGCGAAAAGGGAAAUGGAUCAAAAGCUAAGGACCUGUAGGACAUAGCCAUGACUUUUGGGGCGACGGUCUCAUUUUGACGCAACGUCACUCCAGAGUUGCCCGGGGCGAACUGAGUACAGGAAGGGUGUACGGGUGGAGGUCCCCAACACAUUUAGCCGAGGCCAAAGCAUUGAGCAGGGGGGUUUUGUAGGAGAGGAUCCACCAAUUCCAGAAGCUCAAAGGGGGCCGCACACAGCGCCCCCAAAACCAGCACCAAGUCCCAUGUAGGCGCAAUAGGUUUAGAUACCGGUCUAAGACGACGUACACCUUUUCAGGAACCGCACCACCAUGGGGUGAGCCCCCCCCCCCCGGUGAGGCUCCGUCAAUUCCCACAUGACGCGCUGCGAUAGCGGCCAUGUACACUGCUCGAAAAGCUCCUGUAGGAACAUCAGGAUGUCCCUCACAGAGCACUGAAAAGGAACCAGCCCUUUAUCUUGGCACCAGGGCUCAAACGCUUGCCACUAAUACGCAAACAGCCCUCUUGUGGAGGGCGCCCUUGCAGACUGAAUGGUAGCAAUGACAUUCGGAGGUAAUCCCCUAGCCAUCAGAUUGGCCCUCUCUGGGACCAUAGGAACCAAAUCCCCGGCCUCUCGUGCCAAAUCCCCGGCCUCACGAUGCAUAAAGAUCUACAUGGGCUCUGCCGAACCUCCCCUGUAUCUGGGCAACCACCCAGGGGAGUAGUCUCCACUCCUGAGGAAGAGGCCCCCCCUAGAUAGCAGAUCGGCACCCGAGUUGAGGCAACCAGGAACAUGCGUCGGUCGACAUGAGAGAAAAUGCGCACUGCUCCGCAGCAACAGGGAGCGAGCCAGGGUGAGGAUAAUGGUGCUAGGGGAAUGACCGCUAUCAUAGAAGCCAUUAUCCCCAGUAGGCGCAGGAACUUGCAAAAAUGUACUGUGCGCCCCAAUUGAAAUUUGGCCAAGCAGAGCUGGAACCCGGACCCCCUUUUCGGGAUAGAAAAGCGCGAGUCUGACUCGAGCCCCAGGAAUGGAAUGCGCUGCAAUGGGGUUACAUAGCUAUUUUUCUGGUUUACAAUAAAACCUAGAGACUGAACAUGGGACACCAGCCUGGAUGUGUGUAACACCACUUGUUUCCUUGACUCCCCUGCUAUCAGUCAAUCGUCCAGAUAGGCCAAUACCCUGCCCCUGGCUUCCACCACCUUUUGAAAAUACGCGAGGCGAGAGGGACAAGCCGAACGGGAGUACCAAAAACUCGUAGGUUAUCACCUCCUAAUGGAAUCUCAGGAAUUUUCUGUGAAAGUAUGCAUCCUUUAGGAUCUACGGGACCGCAUUUUACGUUCAUAAACCAUGUCCUGAGCCUCCUGUAGCUCAGUUGGUAGAGCAUGGCGCUUGCAACGCCAGGGUUGUGGGUUCGAUUCCCACGGGGGGCCAGUAUGAAAAAUGUAUGCACUCACUAACUGUAAGUGGCUCUGGAUAAGAGCGUCUGCUAAAUGACUAAAAUGUCCUGGGCCGUUCUAAGACUACUCGCGCGCCGUUAACUAUUUGUUUACAAUUUGUUCAGUCAUAUUACCUCAUUAGCUAGCUAACAACCUGGUAACUUUACUAGUAAAUCCAAACAUUUGGGGGCAAAGAAAGCAAGGAAAAGGAAUAGUUUCUUCAGGAGAUUAACAAUCACAGCAAUGUAUGACAUCUCUUGCAUGUCGUCAUCACAAACCUGACAUUUUAAAGCGAUAGUGUACAAUUGUCAAUGUAAUGCAUCUCGAUAGGAAAAUUGUGCUUUUACACAAUGUAGAAACCUAAUAUUCCACAAAUUAUUUUGUAAUUUCAAUGACAGGUAUUCGUAUUAACGUUAUAGCUGCUUUUAUAAUAAACUGUCUUUACAGUGUUACAUAUUAGUUUCUAGGGCACGUGCUUAAAAAGUAGCUAGAAUUCAUAUCGUCCCAAUAUAGGCUGCAUCUCAAUCAAUGUAAAAAAUCUUAUCUGGUGCUCCUAACUUAGAGAGAGAUUCCCAGCAGCUCAGCAAUCACCAGUAGUUUACCAGCAGCACACCCCCUCAUUAUUUAUCCGGUGUGCGUCUGCAGCUACCGAACUUCAACAACCAAGCCAUUCACACCCGACCAGGGCAUGGCUCAAUGACCACAUGAUAUCACGGUGUAGAGGUGGGGUGUUUGGUUGGAUUACCUUGUCCUGGGUUGGAUAGUCUUAUAGCACCAGAACACAACUGUCUGUCGGGGCAUGAAACUACCCACUUUAGAAGUGAAAGGUUAACAUGCACAGGAGAUUACAGUCCCAGAGUUGACUUGAUUGUAGAAAAGAUGAAAGAUAACUCCUGAACGUGCUAGAUUACAUAAACUACCCACUGCAGCAGGCAAAUAUAGGAAAUCAUUCACUAGGUUAUAACCUACCCCAUAGUUAUGAGUCAUGUUAUAUAAGUGUGAUAUUGGACAGUUUCACCCUCCCAAACUUGUUGUGGCAAAUUGCACAAUGAGCCAAUGGCAAACAGUGAAUAGCAAGCAAUAUUGCUUCCUGGAUGAAGUAAAUAAAAGAUAUAGGAACCAGUGCCUUAGGAAUAAUGACCUGCCAUAGCCUCAUUGCUACCUCUCAUAGCCUAUAAGGGUGAUCUAGAACAGUUACACCCUGCCAAACUUGUGUUGUUGUGGCCCAUUGGCUCCGGCAAUGAGUCUGAAUGAAGGUAGUGGCCGACAGUGACGCUGUGUGAAGUCAGUCAAAAUAUAGACCCCAAUGGCGCUUAAUAGAAUGACGGUAGUGGCAAACAGUGUAUAUCAGUAAACAAUGACACUUGAUGAAGUAACCAUAUAGAACCCAUUGCCCUAGGAAUUAAUGUUGUGUCAUAGCCUCCAUUGUUAGCUCUUAUAUAAGUAUUGCUAUAGGACAGCAAGUUCUAAAACUCUUUUUGUACAGGCACAGACAGGGUCCCACCUAAAGCUCUUUUUGUGCAGGCACAGACAGGGUCCCACCUAAAGCUCUUUUUGUACAGGCACAGACAGGGUCCCACCUAAAGCUCUUGUAAUUGUCCUCUGUCCUACUAAAUACACCAAACCAAUGCCUCUAGUCUCGACUCUGUCUUUUGCAACAGUUUUAAAAUGAACCAACCACGGCCGACCAUUUGAGAAACGAUGAUGAAAGUUGUCAUUUCUCUUUUGCUCAGGAAUUACUUUUAAAGUUCUUGUUCACUUCAGACUCGGUACCUAAAGAACCGGUAAAGGAAUCCUGAGCACACAUACUCACUUCCACCGAAGGUGUUUUAUUUGUCUACAAGGUCACAGAUUUUGUCCAAAAAAAAGUCCUAACACUCUAGUGAAGUAAACACUAUUUUUGCACGAUACAGGCUGCCUUUAAACUGUGCCUUGACUCUGUUUAUGUAACUGUGUCUCCUCUCCUGUCUCCUCUCCUGUCUCCUCUCCUGUCUCCUCUCCUGUCUCCUCUCCUGUCUCCUCUCCUGUCUCCUCUCCUGUGUGCCUUUAGCGUCUCGCUGGAGGAACAUCUACAGCAGCUCUGGUCAGACGGGGGACGCUGGUUCCUCUGGCUCUGGCCUCCUCUCUCCUGGGUACCACAACAAAUCCACUAACAAAACCCUACUAACCAGUGGUGGCUCAGGUACGCAUGAUAUUAAUACACACCACCACGCUUCUUUACUUUCAGCUGCUCUCUCUCUCUCCACAGUGUUUUAACAGUGUUGGUGGAACUCAAGAUAAAGUACUAUCAGAUUUUUUUAAACUCCAUAAGUCCUUAAAGAUGGACCUCCCGAGUGGCGCAGCGGUGUAAGGCACUGCAGUGCUCGAGGCAUCACUAUAGAUCCGGGUUCGAUCCCGGGCUGUGUUGCAGCCGGCCGCAACCGGGAGACCCAUGAGGCGAUGCACAAUUGGCCCAGCGUCGUCCGGGUUAGGGGAGGGUUUGGCCGGCCGGGAUGUCUUUGUCCCAUUGCGCUCUAGCGACUCCUGUGGCGGGCCAGGCACAUGCACGCUGACUAGGUCGCAAGUUGUACAGUGUUUCCUCUGACACAUUGGUGCGGCUGGCUUCCGGGUUAAGCGAGCAGUGUGUCAGGAAGCAGUGCGGCUUGGCAGGGUCGUGUUUCGGAGGACGCAUGGCUCUCGACCUUCGCCUCUCCAGAGUCCGUACGGGAGUUGCAGUGAUGGGACAAGACUGUAACUACCAAUUGGAUAUCACGAAAUUGGGGAGAAAAAGGGGUAAAAAAAUAUUUUAUAUAUACAAAUGUUCUUAAAGAACUUUUCCUGUAGAAAAACAAUAUCACAUGUAUAAAUACAGUAAUUUGGACACCUGGACCACCUUUUGAGAUGUGCUUUUUGUUAAGUAAAUCAGGUGAUGAAUGAGCUGAAAGGGAGACUGGAGUAGGACUUUAAAAUAACAGGUUUGUAACAAGUGUUUCAUGUUUUCAAAGGGUUGUUCUCCUCAACUCAACAACGUAAAGGGUCAAAGGUUGGAUCUCUUGUGUAUAUUGGCCUACUACAGCUAAGAUGCUGAAUGGUAUCUUAUGUUAUGCAUUGAUAAUAAUUUCUCCAAAACUAAUGGCAUUUACAGGCUUGCUUUGCAGAGUGGUGUGGAUAUCAAAUACUUCGGCCCUUAGCGAUACUGGGAAAACAAACGUUUUAACUUCUCAAUACGUGGGUGGCGCUAUGUAAACCAACACAAUGCUUAUGUUAUGAUGAACGCAGACUGUAAAUAACACUCUUUGCAUGAAGGAUGUAAAUGCUUUGCUUGCUGGUGACCCCUCCUAAUCCCAUAUCUGUUAUAUAACCAAACACCCUGGAUGCUGUUGUUGCUUCUGUUUCAGUUUGAAUGACGUGUGUGUGUGUGUGUGUGUGUGUGUGUGUGUGUGUCAGACGAUGGCCUAGUAGACGCCUCAUGCUUCCAGCUGUCCUCAGCACUGUGUCUAGACAAAUACAGCAGGACAGACAGGGAAGUCAGGACUAGAUAUCUCCUGUCAUAAUGCAGGCCUGGUCCAGAAACAACCCCUAGCUCCAUAGUGUAGUGUUCUCAGGUCUCCACACACAGAUUGUUACUGGACCAGCCCUCAGUCUCUGAUUAGACUAAUGAAGAGAAUUGUCUACUGUAUAGCUGUGGAUGGAUAAUGUAUAGUUGCAUGUCCUUGGUUUUCAGGCUGUAUUAUAGUCCUUGUUUUGAAGGGGCAGUUGUGUGGGACAAACCUGUGGAUGGAUUCUGAAGGAGAGUGUGAUCUAAAUCAUGGUUGUGUUCUUGUAUCUCCAGGCUACAUGAGUGUACACUCUGCUCUGAGUUCCCAGUCUUCUAUAGACAGUGAACUGAGUACCUCAGACGACUCCAUCUCCAUGGGUUACAAGCUACAGGACCUCACUGACGUCCAGAUCAUGGCCCGCCUACAGGAAGAGAGUGAGUUGUGUUGUGUAGAAUAAUGACUGCCGUGAUAAUGUGUUUCAGGAAGAGAGUGAGUGGUGUUGUGAAGGAUAAUGACUGCUGUGAUAAUGUGUUUCAGGAAGAGAGUGAGUGGUGUUGUGAAGGAUAAUGACUGCCGUGAUAAUGUGUUUCAAGAAGAGAGUGAGUGGUGUUGUGAAGGAUAAUGACUGCUGUGAUAAUGUGUUUCAGGAAGAGAGUGAGUGGUGUUGUGAAGGAUAAUGACUGCUGUGAUAAUGUGUUUCAGGAAGAGAGUGAGUGGUGUUGUGAAGGAUAAUGACUGCCGUGAUAAUGUGUUUCAGGAAGAGAGUGAGUGGUGUUGUGAAGGAUAAUGACUGCCGUGAUAAUGUGUUUCAGGAAGAGAGUGAGUGGUGUUGUGUAGAAUACUGUGUUACCAAAGUCUAAAGGGUUACAUCAUUGUGCUUGUCAAUAUGCCACCGGUAGCUGAUCAAGAAGACUGUCAAUAUGCUGACUCUGUCGUAGUGUGUACUUAGGGCAGGACUGUGUUUGUAAUGUGUGGGUGGGUGUGUCCAUGUCUUUGAGUUAUUGUCCAAUUGCAUGUAGAUACUAAAUACACAAACAAGCCAGUAGACGCUUGUUCUUUCAUGUGUACGUCCUCACCUGUGGCAGCGUCCAGGCCCUGUAACUCUCUGUCUCCUCUCUCUCAGGUCUGAGACAGGACUAUGCCUCCAGCUCUGCCUCAGUGUCUCGUCGUAGUUCCUCUGCCUCCCUCCAGUCUCUACGUCGGGGUGGGACCUACAGCGACCAGGAGUUUGAUACCUACAGCCUGGAGGAUGAGGAGGAUGAGUGUUGCUCUCUGCCCCAGCGACGCCUCCGCUACUCCCCCUCUCCCCUGGGCUCGCCCCGCUGCCUCUCCCCCUCCACGGCCUCCCAGGGCCAGGCGGAGUACAGCAGGCUGGGGGCCCCCCGACAACGCGCUCCACGCCGAUCGCUACAGGGGCCCGGGCCCGAGCUGCUAAAGUUCGCCAAGACCGAGGGUAGGUGGAGACUGGAGAGGAGUGUUCAUGCAUCACACACAAACCGAACACAUAGCAGUGUCUGUACACAAUCACAACUACAUGGAAUUGUCAGUUAGAUGUACUCUGUAUUGUUUGAAGACAUUACUUAUAAAUUGAUUAGUUCUAUAGAACGUAGUUUCAGUUCAGUCUUUCUCCAACUCAAACUGUGUGUGUGUGUGGUUCCAGAAGAGUUGAGGCACAGCAUGCCUAACCUGGCCCCCCGCACCAGCCUGCGUUCCCUGGAGGCGGUCAGGAACAGCCGCAGCAUGGAGGCUAACCUCCAGAGCUCUGGCAACCGCAUAUCCCACCUGCCCCACUCCCCCUCCUCAGGUAACCCUCACCUGGCCUGUACACCUGGCCCCUCAGGUAACUCUCACCUGGCCUGUACACCUGCCCCCUCCUCAGGUAACCCUCCUACACCUGGCCUGUACACCUGCCCCCUCCUCAGGUAACCCUCCUACACCUGGCCUGUACACCUGCCCCCUCCUCAGGUAACCCUCCUACACCUGGCCUGUACACCUGCCCCCUCCUCAGGUAACUCUCACCUGGCCUGUACACCUGCCCCCUCCUCAGGUAACUCUCACCUGGCCUGUACACCUGCCCACUCCUCAGGUAACUCUCACCUGGCCUGUACACCUGCCCCCUCCUCAGGUAACCCUCCUACACCUGCCCCCUCCUCAGGUAACCCUCCUACACCUGGCCUGUACACCUGCCCCCUCCUCAGGUAAUAAUAAUAUGCCAUUUAGCAGACGCUUUUAUCCAAAGCGACUUACAGUCAUGCGUGCAUACAUUUUUUGUGUAUGGGUGGUCCCGGGGAUCGAACCCACUACCUUGGCGUUACAAGCGCCGUGCUCUACCAGCUAAGGUAACUCUCACCUGGCCUGUACACCUGCCCCCUCCUCAGGUAACUCACCUGGCCUGUACACCUGCCCCCUCCUCAGGUAACCCUCACCUAAACCUGGCAUGUACACCUGCCCCCCCAGGUAACCCUCUCCUAAACCUGGCCUAUACCUUCCCCACUCUCUCAAAUGGAACCUGAUACUGCCUACCCUAUCCUGAGUGGUUCAGAGGGAGCCUCUCACACCUACCCUACUCCCCUCAGGUAACCCUUACCUGUCUCACACCUACCCUACUCCCCUCAGGUAACCCUUACCUGUCUCACACCUACCCUACUCCCCUCAGGUAACCCUUACCUGUCUCACACCUACCCUACUCCCCUCAGGUAACCCUUACCUGUCUCACACCUACCCUACUCCCCUCAGGUAACCCUUACCUGUUCCUCAAGUAACCAUUGUCACCAGCUAAAUCAGACCUUCCUCCCUCCCUGGUUAUACUCCUCAGUUCCACUAAUAUUCCUCUGGGUACAGGCAUCUAGCCUACAACUCUUUGCUGCCACAAUUCCUGAUCUCAAGUGUACAGAGAAUAUGUGCCCUUCUCCCUCAUUUCCUGUAUUGUACUGUCAUCAGAGCAUUGGCAUAUGAACAUUAAAUAAGGGAGAAGAACACAUGUAUACUUUUUGAGUGUACUACUUUGCAGUGUGAGAGUGUGGAUAGCACUCUCCUAAACCCAUCUCAUUAUGCCCAUCCCCCCCCCCCCCCCCCAGGUAUGUCAUCCAGUCGGAUGCGAGGCAGUGGCCAGUCCCCUCUGUCCAUGCGGGUCCCUGUCAAAGCCAUGGGCUCCAUGCCGGGGACCCGCCAGCCUUCCAGGGGCCUGCCUGUAGUCCAGAGUAGACCCAAUGGAGGGUUACGGAGGGUCCAGUCCCCAGGGCCUCCCAACGGGGGAACCUACCCAACUGGGAGAGCCUCUACUGGGAGUGGGAGGCAAGCAGCAGCCCCAUCCUCCAGGGGAAGACUGGCCCAGACACCCAGAAGGUGA